AUGGAAGCUGAUUCUAUAAUAUCCAAGAUUAAAGAUCAGUGUCCCCCUGAGGCUGGUGCCCAAGAUGUUGCUGUUAUUGAAGAGAUGCUGAAAAGACGGGGUAGAGAGUUUGAGACUGUGUGGCUUCAACAUCAAUACAUGCUAGAGAGACAACUGAAACGGUCACAGUAUCAUGUUGACCUCCAGGUGAUCAGUGACCAGCUGCGUGAUCUGAGUGAGCAGCUCAGUCGUAUGCGAGGUCAUUAUGGUGAUUCAUUGGCAGCAGCUACAAAUAUGCAGACUGCAUUCAAUCAGUUCCUGAUUACUGUUGAUAUGUUAGAAAACCGUAUUCAGACAUUUGUUAGUACAACCAUAAAGAUGUUGGGGCCAGAAGAUGACUCAGGAGAAGUACAAGAAGAUUUGGCAGAGUUGGAGAAAAAAUGGUCCACUUUCCAAAUGCAAGUUGGACAAUCCAAGAAAUCAAUAGAGCUUUCCAUA